CGCAGGGAGGAGCCACCUCCUGCCCCACUUAAGCGCCGCGGCCGCCGCUGCCUCACGGCCGGGAGGGCCUUGGGGACGAUGGCGGGCUACGCGGGAUCAGUGGUGCGAUCCUUGGUAUCCAUGGGAGCAUCUGUGGGAGCAGUAACAAAACAGACCCUGUUCCCUCCACUCAUGCCUGCAGGGAGACCUUUCCGUGUGUCCAAUGCCUCCCGAAGCAGCCGGAAAGGGAUUGUUGCAAGCAGCCUGAAAGAGCUCAUCAGCAAGACUUUAGAUGCCUUCCUUAUAUCUGCUGGAAUAGUUACUCUGGUUUUGGAGGAAGAUGGCACAGUUGUGGACACAGAAGAGUUCUUCAGGUCCCUGGAUGAUAAUACGCACUUCAUGGUUCUAGAAAAAGGGCAGAAAUGGACAGAAGCAAAAAAUGGAGUAGUUGCUGUAAGACAAAAGAAGAAAAUGGGAGUAGCUAAUAUCACGUUUGAUCUGUACAAGCUGAACCCUAAGGAUUUUAUUGGCUGCUUAAAUAUCAAGGCAACUUUCUAUGAGAUCUACUCUGUCUCAUAUGACAUCAAAUGUAUGGGAGCAAAGAGCGUACUGAGGAAGGUGCUUCAGCUCAUGUCCCAUGCAGCACAAGUAACUGGACAUUUUCUUCUCUAUACUGGAACAUACAUGCUGCAUUUGAUGGGUGAAUAUGAUGAAGAUGGCAAGUGUGCAAGAUCAAUGCGGGAGUAACGAAUACCACUGCACUUCUGAUACCAGACACAUUUGUUUAAAGUCAUUCUCUUGCCCAAUUUUGAUUCUAAUGAUGUUACAGUAGGGGAAUGGCCAUAGAUAUGAACUAAAUUUUCCCAUUUGGGAGUGCUUGUAGGCCUUAGUAAUAAAGUAAGUGUUUGGUAUUCAGAGGCUCUUAACACAGCAGAAGGAUGGGUGCCUAAUGUCUGAGAAUUUGGCAAAAGGAGAGCAGGUUUCAGCCCUGGCAAUUCAAUAUGUAGACUAAGUAUACUUAGGAACUUGCAUGCUUUGUAACCAGUGGGGUUUUCUUGCACUGAUCAAAACAGUUUGAUUGUUUUUUUCCAUGGCAGUCUACUUGCCUUCUAAGCAGACUGGGCUGUAAGUUGGGGGUGGGGGAAAUUUGGUGGUUUUGUUCUUUAAUUCUUUAAAGUGCUGGUAAUAGUGUUCAACUGGCACUGAGGUAAGGAGGGGUGAAGUGUACUUAUUUACUUCUGCUGCCAAUGGAAAUACACAGUACAACUGAAUCUUGGUUCAAUCAAUGACCACUCUGAUGAAGUCAAACUGGAGAAAGUGCAACUAUUAAGCAGAAGCUAAAAUUUUAGCCUUAGUUCCCUUAAAACAAAUAAAACCAUUUAAUUUUAACUCUUUAUACUUUUUUUUUUCAAAUCUUCAGAAAGUUCAGGUCAGUGAAGCUAAUACCAGCUGAAGAAACUAAAGUAUUUUCUUUCUGGGACUGAUGUCCAGUUCUGCCUGAAGUAUUGAAGUAUUUGCCAUAGUCUCAUGAAUACAGCUUACAAGCAACCAGCUGAGGUUUCCUUAAGGGAUUAAAUCAUCACUUCUCUUGUUCUUACCAUUCAGUUGCAAGAUGACACUACAACCCAAGCAGUAUUUGAGGUACAUGUAGCAUGAGUCUCUAAGAGAUGCUUGUUUUUUUAUGCCCCUGUGUUCAGGGGAGAGCAGCAGGACAGUAUCUGGUUUUGUGUCAAUGUACAUAUGCACUUAACUGGAUAUUUGCAGUUUUAGGGUCUCCCAAGGAAAUCUUUAUUAAAGGUCAGAGUUUUUAAUCCUUAGGUAUAAUUGUCCAAAAUAUUUCCUACAGUUAGGUAACUGCUAGUCUGACCAGCUUUCAAGAAGCUUUUCCUCAACAAUGUAGAAAACUGGAAAAUGAGCAGGGUCAGGCAUCUUGUGUCAAAAUACAAAAUCCUAUUGCUAAAGGAAAAAAAAGUUCAUAUGUUUGGCUUUUGAGGUUUUCAUUUGCUUGCACACAAAAUCUUAAGUUUUUUAGUCUUGCUGAAGACUAAAAGCUACUAAGGAGACAGCAAAUACAGGUGAUAUGUCUCGCCUGAUGGCAAGUGCCAUCUAGAAAGAGAAGCUCUGGUGACAGUGAACAAGGAGAAGAAAGCAGUGGGAGCAAAAGGGGGAAGGACCAACAUGGACCCCACAGUGGUUGCUGUGCCUCUGCUGAGACAGGAAUCCAUUAGCUAGGUACAUUGACUGCACUGAUUUGUUGGGGCAAAGCUAAAAGAGGAGCAGGUGGACUAAAAAGAGCAAGCAUUGUGUGGUGAGAUCCAUUCUGACCCGUCAGCUGGGUCUGUUCACUUCAAACAUCACUAAUAUGUAGGAAUAUUGCUCUUUUAUCUACCUGCAAAUAUCACCUUUGUAUGCUUACUUUUGUGUUGCCUUUAUGAAUGUGACUUAGCCAGCUGGAGCUGCAUCUUUCAAACCACAGUUAUGAGGAAAAGCAACCUAAAUCGAAGUGUUAAGGGGUCUGAUGGACACAACUUCACUAUGUGUCUUGUCUCUUCACUAAAACUAUUAGAAAUAAGUAGACAGCUAAGAAGAAAAACCUUCUUUUUUCUCAUAAUCUCUGUUGUUUGCCCUCUACUUCUCAGUGUUUGCUGGAGGGGGGAGGGUACACAGCUCUGGGCAAGGUUCUUUCCUAUUUUCUUGCAGGAAAGAAUGUUUAUAACUUGGGGCACUGUCAGGUUAUCUUCUGAAGAAAACGAACUAUUCUGUGAGUAAUGAGGAAGAGGCUGUGCUAAAAUAGAAGCUUUAUACAGCAUCUGUAUUGUUUUUACCACCUCCUGCCCCCAGUGGUUGUUGCCACGAUAACCAUUGGCCAAAAUCUUUCUACCCCUGUCAAGGAAUUGCAUUUAACUGGUGCAGUGCUAGGACUUUGUCAUUAAUUCUUUCUGCUUUAAUUAUCAUUUUUUUCUUAUAAAAUAAGCACAUAUCUAGAAAGCAAACUACAUGUAAUACUUCUAAGAAUAUUUGUUGCUAAUGGUGGGAGCACAAACAUUUAAAAUAAAAAAAAAAACCAAAAAAAUACCAAACCCCACCCAACUUGCAUAGUUGAAUACUGCAUUAAUUUGUGUGAAAUGCCUCUUAAACAUCUGUAAUACAAAAGUUUCUGCAAGUCUGACCUAUGCAGAUCUCAAAUUCCAGCCUUCUAUAGCCAGAGGCAAUUAAUUAUUAGAGACAAUCCACUCCAUAGUGGAAACACUCCAUAGAAACACUCCAUAGUUUCCAAUGGCACUAUCUCAGAACCUAACAUGAUCAAAAACUCCAGAUGAAUUUGCAGUCUUUUUAGGCAGCUGUUUCUUUGGCAGCUUAACACUUAAAACUUGAGCUGCUGAAGGUCAUGUGAGUCUCCAUCUCAGAGCAUCUAUCUCCUCUAAAUCAAAACACAGCUGAAAAAAGUAACUCUUACCUGAUAUUUUUCUCAAAAUGGGAAAAGUGUCUUGCAACAUUUGAAGUGUUUGAAAUGUUCAUUCUAAAUCUGGGUUUUGCAACUAAGUAUUUUGGGAGAUGAUAUUAGCUACUGUACUAACUUCUUUCCAGAGAUAAAGCUUUGGCUUUGGAUCAGACUGGAGGAGUAUGUGAUUCUCUGAGUUGGAGCCAGUCUGACUUUUCUUUUCUUUUACAGUUUGCUUAGGAGGCGUAGCUGUUAUUUCAGCUGGUAUCUGGUACAUACCAGAGAAGAACUUCUGCAUUAGCCACCUAUCAGAAAACUAUUUACAAGCAGUGUACAGUAUCUUGCAAGAGGCAGGAAAACUAAAAGCACAGGCUCUUAACUGCAGGUGUGUAGAGAUGAAUCUAGCUUUUCUACUCCAUAUUUUUAGCUUUAAGCUUUAUACCCAUAAAAAUUAAUCUGAUUGAUACUGUUGCAGUCAAGGCCAGUAUCACUGACCUGUGGAAGGUAUGAAACAUGUUUACUGCUUCCUUGCUUGAGCUGGCCCUUUUUGCCUGUUGCUUUGCAUCACUUACUAAGAAUGCACCAAGUCAUCCUCUCUAGUUACCAAAAAAGGAAUUUUCACUGAAGUACUCAAUCUUGUUGACUCAGGCACUAUUCAUGUUCAGCAAGCAAAACAAAGUUACUCUCUUUAUUACUAGAAUGAAGGAUCUAAUAGCUUUUCUGUGUGUAAUUUAUAGUUACUUCAUUUCCUUCCUUUCAAACCCAUGAACCUAUUGCUUUCUUGCACCUUCCUAUUUUUUAUCAGUAGAAAUAGGAUUACAAGCUCUUCUGAUCAGGGGAAGAGGAAAAGGCAGGGUCUAAAUUCUUUUGACCGUUUGGAAUAUGUUCUAGGAAACAUCCUGAAUCUCUUCUCUACAGAGAAGGGAAAAGUAAAGAAAAGAAAAUAGGAUUUGGGCUUGAAGGUUUUUCAGUACAGUGAGUAAAGAGGUAGGUAUUAACUACUUAGGGGAUGUUUGUAACUUUAAAUAUUAACUGUGAAUAUAACUACAUAUGGUCAUUUGUAACUUCCUAGAAUUAGAACUCUAAUUUUCCUAAGGUAAUACUUGAACUAGAGGCAUAAGUUUCUUUAAUCAAAAACUAAUGAAAGCUUAAAACCCAAGUACAUUUUUUUACUUGAUACAUUAAGUUUUACUGGAGUUAUUAAUGUGUUUAACAAACCACUGAAGUUUUAACAAAACAAUCAACUAUUCUUACGGGUUUAGCAUUUAUCAUUGCUUUCUCUAUCUUACCGUGUCAGUUAAGAUAUAUUUACAGAUAUGACCACUGCUUUUUUGCAAAGGGAAAAGAAUAGUAUUUUACUACUUCACAACUUUCAAGCUCAGUAAUUUACUUUGCUAGGAAAAUUGAGAUGGGUGAGAAUUGUGUGUGAUUACAGUCUCUUCUGAUAGUGGUGCCAAUUUUAAGGAACACUGUUCUUGAAUAAAUAAAUUCAAAUGGUGGCUUUG